CUGUGGAACAACGCUACCCCAUUUUCAACACGAAGCCUCGGUUCUUCGUCCUGAGGAGGCUGGGGCUACGGACUCUCAACGUUGCGACAAAUUGUGAGUUCAUAGAGUGGGACGUAUUUUAAGUUCCCAGCAACAAACGCAGACUACGAAUACAACGAUUCGUUCAAACGUACCGCAAAUGUUGAUUCCGAAGUCUUCCGUUUUCUGCCUUCAACUGUCAAAAAUGUGCAAACCGCGCCGUUAGGGCCACCUCCGCAAUGAAGGCCAACGCUUUAUGAGAAAGACGAAACACGACGUUCUUGCGCCUAUUUUAGCGUAGCCGCGUGGAAUUCAACAGGGACCUUUACUAUCGGUUCAGGUGACGCCAUCCGAUGUGUUGCGACAAUUUCAUAGCGUCGCAAAACAUACUCUCACUGCUUUACGGCAGCCGUGUACAGGAUUUGUUGUUGUUGUUGUUGUUGUUGUUGUUGUUGUUUUCAACGAACUUUAUCGCGUCACCAAAUAUUGUCAACAGUCGCAAGUGGUGGAAUCUUUCGUCGGUUGAUCACUUUUUAAUACAUAGAAGUAAUAUACAUUUAUUCUGAAGAACAGUGACACGUAAAUACGUAAUAAAUCAAGUAUUGUGUUGUGACAGCCAGUGGAGGUUUUUUGUUUUUUUUUUAACUUCAGUUUAGCAGUAUUUUUUCUUUUCUAAAGCUGAUACUUUUUUUCCCACUGCGCGCUAUCGGGAUGAUUGAAAUGCUAUUGCUAUUGUAGUACAGCGUUUGAGUACAUUUGAGCGUGAUUAAAAUGAAGUGUACCGACGUCAUUUUGCCCUCUUUUUUCCUCGAAAACAAAAUCAAAUAAUAUGUCAGUUGAACACAAUUUAAUGUUCGAAUUUAGUAUAUUCAAAGAACUUUUUUCAUCCAUUUCAAUUGUAACUGCUGAAUAUCCUAUAUUUCCUUCACUGCAAAUACAACAUAUAACUUUGUAAUUGACAAAAUCCUGCGAAAAAUAACAGAAUAUCGUAUUUUUAUGUUGUCAAGUCGUAUGUAUGUGGUCAGCGUCUUGCCAUCAGUGCAAAUGUGUCAAUACUUCAUGAAUAUCCUACCAAAACAAAUAACGUAGGCAUAUUCCGAAUCAGAAUCAGAAUCAGAAUCAUCUUUAUUUGCCAAGUAUGUCCAAAACACACAAGGAAGUUGACGGGUGCUGUAUCUUGUCACUCAUCAUUUCUUGCGCAAUUUAUACAGAAACUCCUGCUAUCUCUGGAAUGUGGCGAGUUCACCCACCACACCCUUUGUAUUUAUUUACGCCCUUACUUCUGUUUGUUGUAAACUUGUGUAAAUAAGUGCUGCCUUAAUUGUCCGCCUCUGUAAUUGCACAGACAAUUAUACUUAUCUGUUGGAAAUGCAAGCCGCUGUAAUGGGGAGGACAUUUCACAAACGCAGAUAAUGAGUGAAGCCAUCUCGCAAUUGUAAACGUCAACGUGUGUUCGGUCGUUGGGCGGAGCUCCGUGAACUCCACUUCCCAUGAGCCUUAUCGGCCUUGCGUCGGCACAGGAAGGCGGAAAAGAAAAUAGCUUUCAUAAAUACACACAAACCCUAAACCGGCUGCCGGGCAAGGGAAUGAACUGCAAUUAGCGAUUGUGACAGCAUCGAUAAAGAAGUUGAAAAAAAAAAAAAAAGUCAUACGCUGAGUUGAAGUUCGGCUACAUCAGUCAACAUGGCACUGAAAAGAAUACAUAAGGUAACUGACGAGCUUGCUAGCGGCAGAGGAAUGGACCGUCGAAGGUUAACGGUUUGGAUAAAGAGGCUGUUACCUAAUGUGGUUUUGCUUUUGCACAACUCGUCGAGCACUCGGUAAGGCUUUUUCGAAAUGAGGUGGUUGUUGGGACCUCCUGGCAGACCACGACAACUUCAAAGUUGAGGGCUAGCUUGUUAAGCGGAACGCACUGACGCAUAGCUGCGAGUAAGGUUCCAAAUCGAGUCGUGGCGAUCUCCGGAAACGUACAGUUAAAAAAAAAAAAAAAAAACCUGAAAUUGACAAACAACGAGCUUUGAAUGAUAAGAACACAUGAAUACAAUGGAAUGAGGUUUCAUAAUUCGUAGGGGUAGAGGUUGAAUAUAUUCUCUAUCUGAUGAAAAUGUAUAAAAUGAUCUCCGUGAGACUUUUUUAUUUCGAUUAUUUUUUUUUAACCUUUCUGAAUGGAUCAUUACUGACAUACAUUUAUGAUUCGUUAUCAUAUUAAGAGAUCUGAAAUCAUUAUCAACUUUACUCCAAAAUUAUUUAAAUCAUGGGCUUGGUUUUAGAAUUUUAGGUUUCUGGAUGUGAAACUUGCCCAACAAAGUAUUGAAGUUAAUCAUUUUUCCACAGAUUUAAAAAUAAUAAUAAUAAUUGUGACUCAAAGAGAGUGUAAUCUUAUACAAUCAAUUUCUUCCAGGUUCAGUUUUACAAAAGUAACAUUUGUUAUAUCAACAUUUAGAAACCUUGAAAUAUAGAUGUUAGUUGGGUAUAUAGGAUUUGUAGUAUGUCAUUCUCUGAUUUUGUUGGUCAUGACAAAUCUAAUAGGAAUAAGCCACACUUUAUUCCAUAUUCAUAAAUUGAGCAUUUCCCCCCCAAAAUAUAUACCCAUAGGGGUUAUUUUCUUAGCUUUGUUGAAAGAUUCUCUAUCUUUGUUGGUAAAAAUCAUGAUAAACUCAAGAGUUCGCCAUUAUGGUUAAGUCUUUCACGUAAAUUCUGUUUUUAAUCAGUCCAAUUUUGUAAAUCGACUGAUUUGUACCUUUUUGUCCAACAUGAAUUGUUCCAAAUGUUAGAUGCACGCGGGGACACGUCAGGUAGACCUUCAUUGCAGAACUUGAGCGAUGCGGUCAUCGGAGCCGCACGUUCCCCGGAGCGACGAAUCGUCAAGAAUGAAAUCAAAGUAGAACGCUAUGAUGGAAAGAAUCGACUGAAUGAUGGACGGCGGUAUUGCUGGUUUGUUGAGCAGGAGCUGCAGGACCUGCAGAGAGACCCUCCAGCACAGUGUUCUGCUGGACCUGUGAGCGAUGACAUUUCAGGGAGUUUGGGCCAGAGGCGGGGAACACCCUGGAUUGGUCACCACCCAACAAACCAAUCACAGAUAAUUACAGUGGUGUUUCAUUGGCAGGCGACAAUAAUGGGCCCGGGUGACAGUCCUUACCAAGGAGGAGUUUUCUUUCUCACAAUCCUCUUCCCCACCGACUACCCCUUCAAGCCUCCAAAGGUAGCGUUUACAACAAAGAUUUAUCACCCAAAUAUCAACAGCAACGGGAGUAUUUGUUUGGACAUUCUACGGUCGCAGUGGUCUCCCGCACUGACUGUGUCGAAAGUGCUAUUGUCCAUAUGUUCUUUGCUGUGUGAUCCGAACCCAGAUGACCCUUUAGUUCCAGAUAUAGCACAGAUCUACAAGAAUGACAAAGAAAAAUACAACAAACUAGCAAAAGAAUGGACCCAAAAGUAUGCCAUGUAAUGAAAACAAAGUUGCAUUUUGAAUGUUUUUCUUUGGUCGUUUAGUUUCUCUUCAAGGAGAGAAACUGGUCUGUAGCAUAUAUAUAUAUAUAUAUAUUUUUUUUUUUUGUUAAAGUAAAACUGUGUAAGCUGCCAUUUAGCCAAAAGGAUGAAUACCAGAUACUCCUUCCCUGACUUACUGUGUCCAUAAAUCAAAAUGGACACUUUUUUCCCCCCAUUUUUUUAAUUUAAAUCGCUUUAACAUAACUUGAGCUUAAGUUUUUUUUUUUUGUUCCUGUAUGCAAUUACACUGAAUGAAGCAAGUUUAGGAAUCAAUUAUCUGUGUUUUCUCACUGUUGUUGUUGUAUAGUAUUUAAAAAAAAAAAAAAAAAAAAUCAUCCUAUUUCAGCAAAAUUGGCAUAAUCUAUUUGUAAAUUUGCCAUUUAAAACAAGUGACUUUUAUCCCGUGAGAAUUGCUGGUGUGUUUUUUUUUGUUGUUGAAUCCAACAGGACUGAAGAUCAGAUUUGUCCUUCAGUCUGAAGGCGACGUUUAAUUUGAUUUAUCCAAGCUACAUAAAGGAUGAAACUCCUUUAUUUGUGUAUCAUCUCACUUGUCUUUGGCGCCGAUGUGGCAAAUUUUGUAUUAAAAUAAAUAUAGUCCAGUUUGUACUCUUUCACUCCCAUCUUUUUGUUUUACAAUUUGCAUUUCUAAAUUAUAUUCUAAUUACUUUGAGAGCUUGUAGCUUUUUUUUUCUUUUUGACAAAGUUCUAUGUAGUUUCACAGAUUAAAGGGUGGCAAAUGAUUUAAAUGUAUAGAAAAUGGAUGGAUACGUUUGAACUACUCUAAAAACAUGAACAAGGUAGAGCUGUCUGCUCUUAUUAAUUUACCUUUUUAAAUCAAGGUAAAAAUUCAAGUGGGAACAAAUAACAUGAAUUAAAAGCUGUUAGCCAAACAUACUUUUAAUACAGUGUUCUUUAAUCUCCAAUGAAAUGAAGCACAUUUGUGUAAACGUGGCACACUGUACAAAAGCCAAAGAAAAGUAAUACAGUGGACUGGAAAAGCCACUAAAACAUGUUACUGUAAUUUUAUUUCAUUACAAACAAGAAAAAGUAACGGUGAAUUUGAGCAUCAGUGCUCACAUUUACUAUGUACAGGAGAAAAAAGAAAGCACAUAUAGAAAUACAGUUGAUUGUCAUUUGGUUUUCUGGCAGUUGUUGGCGUUUCUAUCCAGAUAGUUUUGCGUGUACAUCGGACAUGCCUUUGUUGAGCUUCCUCGGACUGCCAACGCUUAAUGGUAUAUUGUCCCUGAGCAAUCCUUAAAGUAUGGCCAGAGCUGGCCAAAUACACUUUAUUUAUCUAACCGAUCGAUAGUAUUCAGAUAAGACACCUUCCCUUUGACAAAAAGUUUAAUUUAACAAAAUUGUACAUUUCUGGUGGUAUGAUUGCUCACUUUAGAGACCCUUAUGAAGCAUUAGCAUUUUCCCAGGUUUUGUUUUUAACAACAACAACAACAAAAAAAUGCAUUCAGAAUGUGCAUUUAUGGUUUAAACAUGUCAUUAAAAAAAAAAAAAAAAAAAAAAAAAUGCAUUAAGGCCACAGUCCCAGCACCAAAGGUGGUAACACGAGAUGGUGGACCCGACUCACCAGGCACCUUCUGAUGUAGACAUGUUUUUAAGAUUCUGCCUUUAUACCACCAAAAUGGCAUUUACACUUUAGGAGUACAAAAGUUGAAUUAAGGCAAAUGGACUCUUCUUGGUUGUUAAAGACGUUGAAUCUUUAAUCCAAGAGACUUCUUCAGGUCUAAUUUUUUUUUUUUUAUUUAUUUAUUUAUUUUUUACAGAGUUUAUAACAUAGUGUAAACCGCUGAUAACAAUGAAAAACAGAAAAGCCACAUGAAAUGUUGCCACGCCUGCGACUCUAGCGAGGAUCAGCGGAACAGAAGAUGAAUUCCUAAAUGGCGACUGUUGUUCUUGUUCGUUUUGUUGUAAAUCCACUAUGGUGGCGUACAAAAGGCAAAAUAAUAAAAUAUGCAAAUGAGACCAAGCUAACUUGCUUUAUGACAACAAAGACGCAGUACUUUAAGAAGAGGAAAAAGAAACAUCAAUGGCAUUCAAUGUACGGUAAUUAAGUCAGUAAUGCAAGUCGGCGUUGGAAUCAUACAUAUUUAGAAAGAUUUUCUUUUAAUCUCUUUUCCUCUUUUUAGGCUAUACUGUGCAUGGAUCCCGUACUUUGAUAAGCUACACAAUAUAGUUGUUACAAAUUAAAUGUCCAUAAGUAUAACAAAGCAAGCC